GUUGCAUGGGGAAUCAUUCUGAGCGUUCAGUGAUUUUUCUAUAUAAUUGGUUCUUGCCUCUAGAUUUUCGUUGAAUCUAAAUGUAGAAAUCAAUCAUAAUAAAGAAUCAUUGAACGCUCACUGAUCUGUUUUCUCUGCCGAACGCAGCCUAUGAUGCAAUUGAUGUAAACAAUUUGAUUGUGGAGAUAAAUUUAAUCAAAAGUUAUCGCGGAUUAACAAUGAUAUGAUUAUAAUAUAAUAAUCGUACUGAUAUUGGUAUCGCAAUGUGUGGAAUAUUUUGUUCCAUAUAUCAAUCCGGACAUGAUUCUGAAUCUCUUGAGCAGUGGAAUAUUUGCAAAGAUGCGAUAGCUGCACGAGGUCCUGAUCAUCUAAUAGAGAAACAUUUAUCAUUAAAUCACAAUUGGCAUGGACAUUUUGCUGCUGCAGUAUUAUGGAUGCAAGGAGCAGGCGUAACGAUGCAGCCAAGUUUGGAUACUAAUGAUAACUUGUUACUUUGGAAUGGAGAUCUUUUCUCGGGUUGUUUGGCAAAAGAUGAUGUUUGUGAUACCAAUGUUGUAUUGGAUGAAUUACAAUCGACUACAGAUAUUACGUCUGUGCUUAGGAAAAUUGAAGGCCCUUAUAGUUUGGUGUAUUAUAAAAGAUCAAAUAAUAUGUUAUACUUUGGACGAGAUAUUAUCGGACGUCACAGUUUACUUUUAAAAAUAGACAAUAAAACCAAUUCAAUGAUUUUAGCUUCAGUUGCAAAUAAAAGAAUAAAAGGAAUUAUAGAAGUACCAGCUAUAGGUAUCUUUGCAAUGAAUUUAAACAAUUCACAGAUAAAUUUAGCAUGUUAUCCAUGGAAAGAACCCGACUUAAGAUUUACAGAUAUUAUUGAAGUAUUAGAAACAAGUUUAAAUGUAGACAUUGACAUUAAAGAGAUUAUAUUGGAUACUCAUUUGUCUGCUCCAAUGAAUUUACAUUUGCAUCCCGAUCCGAAAGAUGUGGAAUAUUUAGAAAAUAUCCCAUAUAGUGAAGAUUUUAACAAGAUAUUACAAUAUCUUUUGAAAAAUCGGGAAGUAGAUGAAAGAGUUGAAUGUUUAACAAAACUUUUGCAUCAGUCUGUGAAGGUUAGAGUAAAAAAGAAACCAAAUUAUUGCAAGGACUGCAUAAAAAUCGUGUUAAAUGGUGAAAGUGUUAUUUGCACUCAUUCCAAAAUUGGUGUACUAUUUUCUGGUGGCCUAGAUUCAGCAAUUUUAACAGCAAUUGCAGACAAAUAUGUUCCAAAGGAUGAAAGUAUCGAUCUCAUUAAUGUAGCAUUUGAGAAACCUACGAGCAAAAGUCAGAACGCAAGUCAUAUGCAUAGCGAAAAGGCGACUUCGAUGUACAAAUAUGAUGUACCGGACAGAAAAACGGGUCGACAAACGUAUACUGAAUUGUUACGAAUUUGUCCCAGUAGGAAAUGGAAUUUUAUAGAAUGUAACAUCACACAGGUGGAACUGCAACUGUAUCGUGCGUCACGAAUUUGUGAUUUGUUGCAUCCAUUAUGUACAAUUUUGGAUGAGAGUUUAGGUUGUGCUAUGUGGUUUGCAAGUCGUGCAAAGGGUGUUCUCUAUCCAGUUAACGAAUCAUACGAGUCACCAUGUAGAAUAUUGCUCUUAGGCAUAGGCGCAGAUGAAUUAUUUGGUGGAUACAUGAGACACAGGACUAUACUAAGACACAAAGGUUGGGACGCACUGGUGCAAGAAUUAAAUAUCGAAUUGGCCAGAAUUUCCGAAAGAAAUUUAGGUCGGGAUGACCGAAUUGUUUCUGAUCAUGGGAAACAAUCCCGUUUACCGUAUUUGGACGAAAAUCUAGUAAAAUACGUGCAGAAUAUAAAACCAUGGGAGAGAUGCUAUCCGACUGAAAAAAUGCCAAGUGGAUUGGGAGAUAAAUUAUUGUUACGUUUGUUAGCAUGUAAGAUUGGUUUUCAAUGCACGGCUAACUUUCCUAAAAGAGCUUUCCAAUUUGGUUCACGAAUUGCAAAUGGUAAAGAAAAUGCUAAUAGUGUCUCAAAUAGAUUAUAAGCAAGUAAGUAAUAUGUUAUUGAUGCAACUAUCAUUAAUGUACUAUUGCAGUUAUUUUAAUUAUAAAAAAGUUACCAUUUUUCUUGCUAUUGUAAUUAGAUUUUGUUCUUGUUGUCCAAUACUUUUAAUGAUACUGCAAGCAUACGUACAAUCUAUUAUAUGGCUUUCUAUAUGCAGUAUGCGUGCAGUAUGUGAAAUGUAACUAAACUAAUUAACAUCCAAUUGCGUUACUGUAUAUCUUAAUGUUGUCAUACUUAUGGCAGAUAAACUAUCAGAUGUUAUAUUCCAAUUUUGUAUUUUUGUAUUUAAAUUAUUAAAAAUUUAUCGCGU